AGUGUGCGUAGUGCACACUGGGAGCCCCUAUCGACAGACGCCGGAGCUGCACCGGCUGACGAUCACUUCUCCGGUGUCCACAUCUUGUUGAGCGUCGCAGACAGAGGCAGUGUUGUCGAGCUUCAAAGACUGCCACACGUAUGGACCGGCACCCGUAGCCAGCUCCGGGACUCCUCCGUGCUCCUUCUCGCCACGACAAGCCCAUUUCGGCAAUUUUCUGUCGGGGGCUCCCUCUCCCUCUCUCUCCAGACUGCGUAAGGCCUCCCCGGUUGAAGAGGAGAAAAGUGGGGCUUGCUGGCGGCGAAGUGUCCUCGAUGGCAGGCUGGAAGGACGGCUCGGUACAGGAGAAGUACCGGUUGGUCGUGGUCGGAGGCGGCGGUGUGGGCAAAUCGGCCCUGACGAUCCAGUUUAUUCAGUCCUACUUUGUCACAGACUAUGACCCCACAAUUGAGGAUUCUUAUACCAAGCAAUGUGUGAUUGAUGAAAGGGCAGCCAGGCUGGACAUUCUAGACACGGCCGGGCAGGAAGAGUUCGGAGCCAUGAGAGAACAAUACAUGAGGACAGGGGAGGGCUUCCUGCUCGUCUUCUCGGUCACUGACAGAGGAAGCUUCGAAGAAAUCUACAAAUUCCAAAGACAAAUUCUGAGGGUCAAAGACAGAGAUGAAUUCCCGAUGAUACUCGUAGGGAACAAAGCCGACCUGGAACUACAGAGACAAGUAACUCAAGAAGAGGGUCAACAGCUGGCCAGACAGUUGAAGGUCACCUACAUGGAGGCUUCAGCCAAAAUCCGUAUGAACGUCGACCAGGCUUUCCAUGAGCUGGUUAGAGUAAUUAGAAAGUUCCAAGAACAGGAAUGUCCACCAUCGCCAGAACCAACAAGAAAAGAGAAAGACAAGAGCGGCUGCCACUGUGUGAUCGUCUGAAUUGGCUUUUUCACUGUAACUCAUGCAGCUGCUCUGUUGCCCCGCCCACUCUGCCUGACAUCACAUCCAGAUGUUGAUGACUGACCGUUGCCUUCUCCACCUCGUGCAUGACUCCAGACAGCUCCCCCUGCACCCCAUCUCUGGCAUACUCGGACUUGGGGUCAACGUGACUUUGGACAAGUGACAAUGCCAAAAUUGAAAGACAACACCACGCUACCUUCAGCCAUAACCAGAUUCACUUUACUAAACAUUGCCUUCUAAAUCAGCCUGACCAAUUCAUGUUUUGUACUCGGAAGGACUUUUCUUGCCUUGUAGUGAUUUGUACUUGCUGCCGAGAUUGAAUGAAACAAGCAGAAAAUAUAUCUAUAUCCCGAAUGUUAACGAGUAUCCUUCAAGUGUCUGACGGAGAAGAGAGAUUAUUUUAUGAAGCUUGGUGUAUGUUGUACCAUCUUUUCUCCCAUGUGCUAAUCUGCUACUGUACAUAUGUGAGAUUUGUUGUGAUUUUUAAAGUGUAUUUCUAAUGACUAUUAAAUCACCACAGUACAGUGUGUGAGGUUGGUUUUGCAUAUAUGAAAGUUGACUAUGAUGUAUAUAAAUGAUUCCCAGAAAAGCCCUUAAAGCUACAAUAAUACAACUUUUGAUUCUUCACGGAUUUUAUGUGGCUUCUGCUUCCAUCUCAACUGCCAAGUAUAGAAUGUCUGCAGUGUGCCGUUGUAUUUGUAACAUUAUUAAUACUUUUCAAGUCUUAUAGAUUGUGGGAUCCUGCCUUUCCGUUCUCAUUUGGAUGUUGUGAUUCAAUCAACAUAAUCAGAAUGAGAAGUCACAUGUUCUUGAUUGUCAGAAGGUCCACCUUCUCUUCAUUUGCACACACUGCAAAAAUCCUAUAUCUUAUGGAGUGAAUUUAUCAUAUUUCUCGUAAAAUGGUCUAUAUUGUUUUAACACAUUUUGGACUUUUUUCAAAUUUUUCAGCAAGACAAAAAUGUGUUUCAAGAUGCUAAGUUCAUACGAGUUCAAUUGGCUGCUAUUUUCACUUUAAAGAAGACAUUUUGUGCCUGAAAUAAAUGGGGGAAAAAUUCCCAAUGGAAUGAGCAUGUGUUGACUAUAUACAAUUCUUGCGGUAAUACAAGUCUGUUUGCAUUAAAAUGCACUUGUGUUCUGCAGUGGCUAGUGGAUUCGAUAGAAAUGCCACGUGUGGCAUCGCACUCACAACAAAACUGCCUUCUAUCUACUGUCGUUUAUCUUGCAUAUCUUGUUUUGAAAGCGCAAGAAAUUUAGACGAUGGAAGUAACACACUUGAUAAAAUGUUUCUACUUUUAUACAUUAUCUCAUCAGACUAGCGGAUAAUUCUUUUUUUCACAGCUAAUAUGUAUGUAUAUGGAAAACGGAGUAUUUCAUUAUCUUGGUUGAUCAAGUAUAAUGUCUUUGUCAAGAAUACAUUUGUGACUUUCAAAUGAAGUUUCAAAUAAUCUUGCUGUCAAGAGGAGAAAUGUGCCAGUGAGGAAAUUGAGGCACGGGACCUUGAUUAGCUCAUUAGAUGACAUUGAUGGCAAUACACGCCCAAUCCAUUUGAACUAGGAGUGGAAUGUCUAUUGUUGUCCUUGGCAGACAGUUAGUAAAAUGGACCAAAAAAAGACGUAUUUAGAGAACCUGUUGUCAUGCAAGUUCUAAUGUACACAUUGUAAUGUGUUAUUGCAAUGUGUACAUCGACACAUUGUAAUGUACACUUAUUUUCUCAUUCACAAUGUCCUUUGCCUUGUUAAGUUUUUUUCUGCACUGAGGGGGAUUCUGAAAUAAAAUCUGUCAUUG